AUGGAGAUUUGGUUCAGAAGGAAUUAUGUGGAAACGCCUGCUCCUAGAAAUGCCAUCAACGAUUUCAGUUCUGGAAAUCUAUUUCUAGGCUUGCCAUAUGAGUCAUCUACAACACUUCGGGGAAACUACAUAGGAGGAAAACUUCGGGACUUUGUGUUAAUGAGGCAUGGAUCUGGAAGGCUUAGAUUUAGUGCAAAAGAGAAUAAUCAAACUUCACAAGGCCAUAGAGAGUGGCUGCCUGAAGUUAUAAUCCUAGGUCAGUGGAAGCAUCCCCGUCUUGUGAAUUUCAUUGGAUAUUGCUGCGAGGAUGAUCAGAUGCUUCUAGUGUACAAGUACAUGGAACAAGGCAAUCUGAAAUGCCCUACAGAGUAUUGUGGAGCCUUGCCUUGGUUAACAAGAGUGAAGAUUCUACCUGGUGCUGCGAAAGGCCUUGGUUAA